CCAGUCAUACUUCAACUUCUACUACCACCACUGUCAGUCAUACUACUAUGUCUGACUGUAGACCAUCAGAUUGUUUGGGAUAGCCAUCUAUCCUUCUAUUCCGCACGAGGCAGGUUACCCACAGUAUGCUUCUAGCCCUUGGAGAAUGGCGAAGCAGUGUACUCCUCAUUGCUUCAAUCACUAUCGGGCUGGCCCAGGCCUCAAGCGCCAGUUGCGACUCAUCCGACAAAGGACAAUGGCUUACCCAAGUCAUCCCGACUUGUGCAUUGCCCUGCGUCGAGCAUUUCAUUCAGAGCGAAUUCGACUCGGGCUCUUGUUGCGAUGGAACGUCGCUUACCUGCCUGUGUCAAACAAAUAGCACGAGUGGGCUUACAUUGGGAGAGGCGGCGUUUGCCUGUACAAUUGGAUCUUGCGCUGGGGAUAUAGCAUCGAAUACAGCCGGUGCGGCGUAUGGAAUUUGCAACGAUGUGUAUGGAGCGUUGCCCGAAACGCACGCUACGAUCACAGCAACAAGGUUCAUUUCAGCGACACAAAUACCAAGCUCGUCUGCCACUUCAGAGCCAUUGUCAACCACCGUUCCGACCGCCCGGCCCUCAGCUACCGAGUCAUUGUCACCGACAACAACCCUUAGUACGCAGGUCAGUAGCACCCAUGUCAUUCCAACCAUAACUACAUUCGCAGCCUCAACCAUACCCAGUCUCACGACGUCCAUCGCAAGUUCUUCGACGCCAGCCUAUUCUCCUGCUGUUCAGUCCUCGGCUAAGCUCAGCUCACCUGCCGUCAUCGGAAUAUCGGUAGCAUCUGGUAUUUCAACCAUUUUCUUGAUCUCAGUUGCAGUCCUUUUAUGUGGAAGGAAGCUCAGGCGUCGAAAGAUGGAGUCCAAGGAGAAUUUUGAAAUAGGAGGCUACAUGAGUGAACCUCCGGAAUUUAAUACCGGUGUCUCGUCAAACCCAAUAAAUCCAGCACCAACCCCUGGAGGAGCUGUGAAUAUUGGUCCAAAUUUCCACCAGUUUCCCUUGCAGCCGGUGAUCGGGAAUGGGCCGUUGCAGGUAGUUACUCAUAUGCAGGACAAGGAAAUAACUGCCCAUGUCUUUACUCCGGAAACGAACCACAGUGAUUCCCCGGAAAGCCAGACUUCGCAGCAUACGUUUUCCCUGCUCCUUCCUGAGAAAAAGGCAACAUACGGACUUUUCCCAGAACCUCUUAAGCUUAUCCGCGUCCGACAGCCACCCAUUCCACGCCCAUCGAGCGAGGCAACUAUCAUUGAAGAGGAUGAAGACCGACCGAAGAGUAUUUUUGGUCCUCUUCUUGAUCGAUCCCGAAUGCCUUCCCGGGCGGGUUUGGAGGACAGACAGAAUGGACAACUUGCGCGACGCCCCGUAGGGCUUCCAAGUAAUCCUCGAGCAAGGAUGCGUCCCAAGAAUAGAAAUCGAGAUCAAAACUCAUUACACUUGGGCAGUCAAAUCUAUAAAUGGGAAACCCCAGAUGACGUUGGAUUACCACCCACUCCCCCUCCAAAGAGUGAUGGCAGUGUCGCUGUAGGGCGUGCUGUCACACGAUAUUCACUGGGCCCAGGUCCUUCUCCUGGACAUUUCAGCACUGGGAGCACACGCCUACAGAGAAAUUUCUCCCGCCUUGGCAAUGGCCAUCGCCCGAUGAACCGUACAAUGGGGACGUCUGAGACCCCAGCCACAAGCCCUGAUGCUCCCGAGGCUGAUUAUAACGAGGCAGGCCACUCACCUGCGAUGCCCGCACAACUUACUCCAGUCCAAGAAACAAACACCAACGAGGACAUUCAAAGGGUUAAACGCUCGCCCGUGAAAUACCCCACAGCUCUCCGCUCGGCAUCUGUAGCUCCUGUUGCUGUUGUUGUGCCUUCGCCUCGAGUGGCCAAACUAUAUAGCAGCCAAACAAGCACAACAAAGCAGGAUGAACAAGAUUCCACUGAUGCAUGUUCGCGCAGCCCAUCUACCUUGGGUCUUUUCAAUAUACCUCUUUUUCUGGAUACCUCAUCCAGGUCCCGAUCAAGCAGCCCGGGAAAACUGCUAGCAAAAAGACGCGGCGAGAAAAUGGCGGAGCGGAUGGAGAACGCAUUUCGAAUUGGGGUGCAGAACGACCAAGGCACAUCCGUGAAUCAAAACCGAGGACGCCCAAGGUGGAAAGUUGUUAGGAACGACAGCUUGUCUGGCACGGUAUCUGUGGCUAGAUCAAAUACACCCAAAACCCCUCGAACUGAGGAAAUCAAACCCUCUCAGAAACAUAACAUCACGCCAACAAGAAGAGGCGAAGAUCUCUAUCUUAGCGUGGACUAGCAUCGUUCUACAUUGGACCGUACGAAGAACAUUCACUACAAUAUUUCAUAGUGUCUGUACAGAUAUUUCAUUUUAUGCUUGUAUACCCUAGAUGGUCGAUUUAGCGUUUUCGUCACAACCGUUGUCUCCUGGUUGAGCCAGUUGUGCUUCUGUAUUAUAUACCAUGUUGGGAUCCACGUCUGUACCAUAGCUUACUCGAUUCGCACUAGAACGAGGUAUAAUGACUUUCUCUAAUUUAAUUUUCAUCUCCAUGAAAC